UUCGCGUUUUUAGGCACGUGUCAGUUCAAUAUUUUGGUGUUUUAUGAAAAAUUUCUCCACUUUUAACGUCACUAAUCGACAGUUAACUAAAAUGGAGUGUAGUACUUUUCCACAAGACGGUGUCGCGGUUCAACAAACUUCACAAAUGAGCCCUUACUUGGGAAAUGUGAAUUGUGCGACCAGUUAUGGAUUAAAUAAUGCAACCCUUGAACCGAUUCCAAAUCGACAUAACAGUCGGAUUAGACCUAAUGGUCUCCUGGCUCGCAUGGCCUUACCGUGCCAGUCGUCCUCCAAUUGGGAUUAUACAGAGUGUUAUAGUUAUUAUGCAGAUGGGUGCUAUAACACUUGCCAGUUUGUUGAAUUUGGUGAUAUUGAAGACUUCAUGAAUAAUGAGAAACGUAAGGAAAAAUCCAGAGAUGCGGCGCGAUCUCGUCGCUCCAAAGAAACCGAAGUUUUUACCGACUUGGGUAACGCUCUGCCAAUUUCACAAGAACAGGUUUCGCAAUUGGAUAAAGCUUCCGUUAUGAGAUUGGCCAUUGCAUAUCUGCGGGUGCGGGAUAUGAUCACUUUGGUCCCGGAAGCCCCGGAGCCCGACGACCACAAAAUUUUAACCGAUGAAUCAAUUUUCUUGAAAGCAUUAGAGGGGUUUUUACUGGUGAUGUCUUCAGAGGGAGACAUUGUUUACAUGUCUGAGAAUGUCAGCGAGUAUCUUGGAAUUACACAGAUUGAUCUGAUGGGUCAGAAUAUUUUUGAGUACAGUCAUCCGUGCGAUCAUGACGAAAUCAAGGAAAUUUUAUCAACAAAGACCCGGGAAGAAACAGAGACGCCUAAGUCGUUUUUUAUCAGGCUUAAGUGUACUCUUACAAGCAAAGGCCGAUCGGUCAAUCUCAAAUCAGCGACUUACAAGGUCAUCCAUUGCACUGGUCACAUAGUGCAAACUGAAGAUGACGGAAAUGAAGAAAAUGCGAAAGGAACUUUGCGCCGAUGUCUUGUGGCAAUAGGACAACCUAUUCCGCAUCCUUCCAACAUCGAAGCCCCAUUACCACGUCAAACAUUCUUAACAAAACACAGUUUGGAUAUGAAAUUUACGCACGCUGACGAUAAAAUAAUGAUGGAUGUUUUGGGAUACGAUUCGGAAGAUUUGGUCGGGAAAUCGGUUUAUGACUAUCACCAUGCCAUGGAUAGUGACGCGAUUUGUUCAGCUUUCAAGUGUUUAUUUUCCAAAGGACAGUGUGAGACCAAUCGGUACCGUUUCCUUGCAAAAACUGGGGGCUACGUCUGGGUCCUCACCCAAGCCACGUUGAUCAACGACAACAAGACCAUGAAGCCCCAAAGUGUCGUUUGCGUGAACUACGUCAUAAGUGGUGUCGAAUGUAAAGAUGAGAUUUACUCGUCGUCGCAAUUGGCGUCGGUAAAAACAGAAAAUUUGUGCAAUAACGAGAAUUUACCCGUACUUGUGGAGAAAGUGACUCCGGAGGCGACUCCGGCGAAAAAGCCCGAGCUUAAUAACGCCAAGAAAGUGAUUUCUUCCUACGUGGAUAACAGCACGAAGCCACCGCUUACGGCGACUUCGAAAAUUUUCGCCCCGAGGACUAAAGAGAUGAACAAGGGAUUCCUGAUGUUCUCCGAUGAGGAGCCGGGACUCACGAUGUUGAAGGACGAGCCUGACGAUUUGACGCAUUUGGCUCCAGUAGCCGGCGACGUUUGCGUUCCUCUAGACGAUCACCCCUUUUUAACCGACAAGAUGUUGGACGAUUUCUUGCUCAGAGAUAAUUUUGAGCCGCUGCUUACCGACGAACCCACCGACCCUUUCAUUUCGUACAGAGAUUCCUACGAUAAUUCUCCCCAAUUAUUAUCUCCGAAUCUCUCAAAGAAUUCGGAGUGUAGUUUACCUUCGUUAAAUAGUCCGAGCGAUUCUCUAAGCGACGAGGAUCGUUUGUCAACGUUCAUGAAUUUGCACACAGAGGACGAGUCGGAUUUGGUGGCGAAAGCCCCCUAUAUCACGAUGAACAUGGGCGACGAUCUGCCCCUGCUGAUGUCAGACGAUCUCAUGUGGAGCAGCAGCGAAAAGUCGAGAGCUUCGCCCGACAGUAGCUCGAGUCUGGCACAGUUGUUGUGCUCUUCGAUAAACAAACACUCGCGUCCGAACGAUCACGGCGGAGGGUUGAUUUCGCCGGAUCGGCUCAUGGACGUGGACGAAUAUUACAACAAGAAAAAUUCAGCAAUGAACGGAAAGUCGUCGUCGAUAUCGUCCCGGUUAGAGCGAACAAACAAAAGAUCGAACACUUCAAAUUACGAGUCAAACACAAAGCGGUCGCGAAACGAGCCUAAAGAGAAAAUGUCUUCAGAGCUUUUGCAGCAGUUAAUGUCAACCAACCACCACCGGGGCCGCCCGAAGGGCAAGAGCAACUGGUUGCUCGACUCGGGCGGCCAGAAGGCGGCUUGCAUAAGCCAGCCGAGUGACAGUGUCUUGAUGAACCUUCUGGAUGAUCCCAUGGACCGGACGUCCGUGAAAAGGGACAAGGGGCGGCCCCCGGGCCCCCCUGACGACGCCAGGGCGCGCCAGAACACGAUACGGAAGAAUUCCCUGUCGCUGCUCGAUCCCGACGCGACCAUACCGUCAUUACUCGAUUUGACGCAACAGGAUUUCGAAGUGAACGCACCUGUGAAUAGCCUCCUCCUGCAAGGCACCGAUCUGCUGACGGCGCUUGACAUCAACGGGCCCAUUUAGCUAGAGCUGUUUGCUGGAGAGACAGCAGUUGCACGAGAGUUUGAAAUGAUACCGCUUAUUGUUAUAAAAGGGGAUAGUGUUACGGUAGAAAAUGUUCAAAUUGUUGGUAAUAACAAAAUAAUUUAAUAUCAGAGGGACUGAAAUGAGGGGUCUUUGGGUAAAAAACGUAGAUUUGUUCAGCUUCCUGAGACUGGUCGUAUUGUCGGUUCGUGCCUUUUUGUUAGGGGCGCCUCUAGGAGGGGCGCCACUGGGGUGCAGUGCGACCUGCAUUUUCAAGGAAGCUGCGAUUUGUUGUAAAAUGCACAAUAUUUUCUGCGUGUGUAGAGUAACUUUGGUAGAAAGUUUUAUGUAAGUCCUCAUUUAGUAACCGUGUAAUAUAUUUUUGUAAUUUUAUAAUUCCUAUUUGACAUUUCCAAAAUUGUAAAUAUUAGCUUUUAAUGUAAGCAUCAACGUACCUCACUUCAUUUUAAAUUAUGUUGUUAAUUCCAUGUAUUUUAAAAUUCUCAUUAUGUUGAGUCUCAGCAUUACUUUCAAGCUCUCUUUUUUACUGCUAUGAUGCGAUGUAGUGAUACUGUAAAAUAGUAAAGUUUUAUCGUAACAGCGCGUGCUGUUGUUUUUAUUAUAUUUUAUUAUUAAGUCACAUUUGUAACUCAUUCAUGAUAAAUAGGUACCUAAUGUAGAACCAAAUGAUGUGUUUAAUAAAACUCUUUUUAUACAUUUCGCAAUACUGCCAUAAAAUGUUAAUAAUAAUUAUAGUUAACGAUGAAGGACGCAUUUGAGAAAUUAUUUGGUAGAUUAACAAGUAGUCUAGGAAAGAGUUUGAAUUAUAUAUUUGCAAUAUGUUUCUUUUUUGUGCAAUGUCAAAUUCUCUCAAUGUUUUAUGGGCUAAGACAGGGUACAAAGUCAAAGACAUUUUCUAAAUAAUACAAAAAUGCAAAAUAAAACGAAUUUGGUGUUGCACAGAUUUUAUAUUUUCGUUUUUAGUUGUAGUGGCUGUAUAAGUUGCAAUAUAAAGUUCGAAUCUGUGUUUUUAUAUUGUUUGCCCGGGUCUUAGAUCGAAGCUUGAAAUCUUUAUAAAAGAUGCAUUGUAGAUUGAUAAAGUGUUACUCAUUUUAGUUAACAAAUGUAUCUUAAUUAAUUUCUUAUAAGUGAGAAAGUAUGUAUAGGUAUGUAAAGUAAGUGUUACGGGAAGAUAGUACUCGGGUCAAAUAAAUUAUAUCAAUAUUA